GCACAGCGAGCCGGGCGCGGAGCGAGGGCCGAGCCGGGGGCGGGGCGGGCGCGGAGAGCGCGGCCGGGCCCGGGCGGGGCCGCGGCGGCCAAAGGGGCGGAGGCGCCGCGCGGCCCCGCCCGCCGGAACCGCCCCUGCUCCCAACCAGGUCCGACCGAACCCCAUAAAGGCCCGGGCCGCGGGCGGCGCCGCUCACAGCGGCAGCGGCAGCAGCGGCGGUGUGAUCAUGUCCGGGCGGGGCAAGGGCGGCAAGGGGCUCGGCAAGGGCGGCGCCAAGCGGCACCGCAAGGUGCUGCGCGACAACAUCCAGGGCAUCACCAAGCCGGCCAUCCGCCGCCUGGCGCGGCGCGGCGGCGUCAAGCGCAUCUCGGGGCUCAUCUACGAGGAGACGCGCGGCGUGCUCAAGGUCUUCCUGGAGAACGUCAUCCGCGACGCCGUCACCUACACGGAGCACGCCAAGAGGAAGACGGUCACGGCCAUGGACGUGGUCUACGCCCUCAAGCGCCAGGGCCGCACUCUCUACGGCUUCGGCGGCUAAAGCCUUGCCUUACCGAACCACCGCGACAAGAAACCCAAAGGCUCUUUUAAGAGCCACCCA